AGACUCUGCUGCCAGAACACACUUGGUGAACAGGUGCUUCGGGGACUCGAUCGCGAUGCCUCGGGAGCAGAAGUUACAGUAACGAGCGAAUGGAGACUUCGAUAUUGGCCGUACAGUGUGAAUAGGAUAGAUCAUCAACCGCGGAAUGAUCGAGUGAUAGUGAUUAUUACGUUUAAGUGAGGCUUUUGCUUCGGACUGUUGUUUUGCUUACUUUUGCUCAGUUUCGCUAAUACAAUGAGUUGGCUUUUGUGUUCCUUGGUCCUAAUCACUUUUAAAUCAAGUGCUGGUCUAUACGUGGAGACCUUUACUCCCACAACCUGGAAGGUUAUCGAAGACACGGACUAAAACUUAACCUUAUCCUUGAGGCUCAACUCGAGCGACGUCAUCGAUGCCUCGCUCGAUCCGACGGCGACACAGCUGGAGGUCGUGGUGACGCCCGACGAGGAAUGGAAGCUCGAUUUCGUCAGCAGAAAUCUCCAGUUUUCCUUAGAUGAAGUUCUUAGAGAGGAAAACAAGAGCGUGACUUUCUCUGGGUAUUACUGGGGUCGCACUCGAAUUUCGCUCUACCUCCUUCACAACUACCUCGAUCUGAAGCCCUCGAAUGCGACGCUCCUGCGGGAUGAUCUCUAUAUCAUCGUGGACCGAAAAGCACUGAUCCUGGACUACGUGUUCAUAGGCGUCGGUUCCGUGUUCAUGCUGUUCAACAACGUAAACAUGGGCGCCCAGCUGGACCUCGAAGUGAUCAUCGGUGUGUUCAAGAGACCGCUUGGCCCCGCCUGCGGCUUCCUCUCCCAGUUCGUGUGCAUGCCUGUGGUGAGUUUUCUCCUGGGCUGGGCGUUUUUCACCAAUCCUCUGGACCGCCUGGGGCUUUUCACUCUCGGCUGUUGCCCCGGGGGGACUAUGUCAAAUUUCUGGACUUUGAUGUAUAACGGAGACAUCAAUCUCUCUAUCACCAUGACAGCUGUGUCCACUGUGGCAGCAAUGGGUAUGAUGCCUCUGUGGAUGUUUACACUUGGCCAGAAGCUCCUGAGUCAAAACAGCAACUUGAAAAUCCCAUUUGGUAACUUGGCUGGUUCUCUCAUCUCUCUCACCGUCCCUGUUAUCAUUGGGAUUAUCAUCAAGCACAAGCGACCCGAUUGGGCUAAAAAGGGAUCACGGAUCAUAAAACCUUUUACGUUCACCAUCAUUUUGUUCUUCAUGACGAUCGGCAUUUUCAACUCGUACAAGGCGUUCAUGAUGAUGACCUGGGAGAUGCCCGUCGCCGGCAUCAUCCUAGCCUUCUGCGGGUAUGCCUUCGGCGCCGUGUUCGCGAAGCUCUGGUGUCUCUCGAAGGAUAAGGUCAUCGCCAUCAGCAUCGAGACGGCGCUGCAGAAUCCUGGCGUGGCUUUCAUUCUCCUUAAGCUGUCUUUACCCAGUCCUGACAGCGAUCUGGCCACCUUGCCUGUUGUCGCGACAAUCAUGAUGACUGGCCCCCCUCUAAUGAUGGUCUAUGCCAUCAUUCUGCUUCUACGCCGGUUCACAAAUCUCCUUCCUGAUAAGAAGGGCCAGCAGAAGACCCUAGACUCGAGACCAAAGGAUGAGAAAGAAGGAGGACAGGAACAAGUGACAGUCGCAUUCUUACCGGAGGCUGACCAAGCUGAAUACACGAUGAGCCGGACGGAAGAGAAACUGACCCAACAUGCUAUCGUUCUUGAAGGCUUAACCAAAAAGAAACUGAUGGAAACAUAAAUCAUGAAAAAUAA